UUCUGCAAUUGGUAGAAGUAAAGGGUCUAAAGUGCAGCCACCGAAGAAAAUAUUUCAUGGAGUAAUCGGGUCAUCACCACCACCACAAGCAUCGGGCACAGCACAUGCGUGCUAUACUCGAAGCAGACUCGUCUCUGCCACUCUUUCUGGCGUAUGGAAAAGAUGGGAGCUACCAAUCCAGAACUGGACGAACUGUUUCAAGGAAAGAAGCGAGUCAAAAACCCUCUCGUCCCCAUUGGUGCAUUUAUAACUGCUGGGGUCCUCACGGCUGGGUUAAUCAGUUUCAGACAGGGGAAUUCUCACUUGGGUCAGCAGCUGAUGAGAGCUCGUGUGGUUGUCCAAGGUGCCACUGUUGCAUUGAUGGUUGGCUCUGCUUAUUAUUAUGGAGAGAAGUUCUAAAUGGUUGUUGAUGGUGGAGUUUAACCACUAAGUUUUACUUGAUUUUGCCCCUCGGGGAUAUCAUUUGAGCAAAAAAUGAAGGAUGCUAGUUCUUGACAACAAAACUUUUUUUUUGGGGGGGGUUAAAAAUAAGGUCAUUGGUUCUAGACCAUGUCUGUUUAUUUUAAAUAUGAAGAUUGGUAACAAACCAGGUCGGUUGGAGCAAUCUGCUGCUCUGAGAACCAAAGACUGGGAUUAUGUCCAUACAAAGAGUUAAUAUAAAUGAUUACCAUAUUACCUUAAUAUUUGAUAUGACAGUUCAAAUAAAACAGUGAUGUCUCUUGAAGCUC